AUGAAACAAUUGGAUAUUAUGCUUUGCUAAGAACUCCCAAAGGAAAAGUUCUGUAAAAAGAAAAAAAUGGCAUACUUAAUGUAUUAAGUCAAUUAGCCUAACUAAAUUUCAUGGCCCUCAAGAUUACAGACGUAAGACAAGUACCCACAAACUUAAAAAGCAACAAAAUAGGGUAGAAAGUUUGCUCAGUGGUUAAUAGCACCAGGUGCUUUUGAAUUAUUCCUGAGAUGGAUUGCCAGAACACACACCAGAAAACUCAGAAUUAUCUGUAACUCCACUUUCAAAAGAUCCAAUAUACUCUCAUUUACUCAAAAGGCACUUUUUCCCAAUAUGGUUCACAUGGAUAGACUUGGACAAACAGGCAUAAAUGUAAUAUAAAUUUUUAAAUAGCCUAUAUAGGAUAAAAUAGAAGAAUUUCUACAUAAAUGUGUAUAUGCUACAUUUUGAAAUUUUAUUGCUUCCUCAAAUACACCUCUUGUUUAUUUGGAAAUUGAUUUGUCCAUUUAUACCUGUCAUAAUUAUGAUUCCCAACAGAUAUCAUAUAAAUAAAGGCCCAAAUGUAGCUGAUAAAUUUUGAAAAUGGGAUUAAAAUCAGAAGGAAAGAAAAAAAUUCUAUUACUGUAUUUUCCUUCCAGAAUUAAAACCUACGGUAAAGUUGACAAAUGGAGACACUGUUAUAUACUAUGUAGAAAAAAUAGUUAAUACAUAAUGGAUUUUUAAAUCCAUGUUAUUUGUGAUAUUAAUGAAUUCAGUGUAAUAUUAGUCCCCACUAAGGAGAUCAUUCUAAUGUUUCACAUAUGCAUAUAAUGAAGACAAAACUACAUUCCUAGUGCUAGUUUUUGUCAACUUUGGCUAAUAAUUUUAUUAUAAACAACAAAACACUACUUUAAGAGCAAUGGGAGUAAAAAGAAUGUUGGAGGGUGGUGGAUCACCAUGAAUAAUUUUAGAAUCCACAGAAAGGAAUCAAAUCUUCUGCUUUUCAGGCCUUUUCCUCAUCCAUAAAACAACAAAAAUAACAACAACUAUUACUGUCCACCUGAUAAAACAAUUUUAAAAUCUUAUAUUUUAAAGUCGUAUAUGGAUGUGAAAGUCAUCAUAGAGUUGCCUGAUCUAGUGAUGGAACUGAGCACUUAUGACAUUUCAAUCUGAACCUUGACCCUGUUCUCAGGUGAAUAGUAGUUGAAAUCAUUCAAAUAAAGCAUUGUGGUAGUAAAUUUUUGUAAAGAAAGCAAAGAGCAGAAAGUUGAACAGAAUAACAUUUUGAAGAUAUUCAGAGAAACUGCUUUAUAAAGGCAUAGAGUGGAUUUAGUCUAAAACAUCACAGACCAUCAAGAAUAUGAUGCAGGUAAAUCAAGGCCCAGCAGGGGGCGCUGCCAUGAAACUCAGCACUCCUGACCCGGCCCCUCUCUUCUAUAAGCCCAGGCACUGAAAUGAUGUCAUCAUCAGGCGCCAACUCGUCAUUUCCGGUAGGCCCGCGCUCCGCUGCCUCAGAGCCACUUGAGGCCUCUGCUUCCUGCCCAACUGGGACACUUCCAGUCUUCUAAGGGACUCUUGGACAGCCGGCCCUUGCCCUUUGAGCCUACUCUGCCCCUCUGAGAAGGUACAGGUACUGCUGAGACUGUGGUUGUGUUCAAGUGCCCGCCAUGGCCGAAGCAUCUUCACAAGUGCGUCAGAACUAUGACCGGUGCUGUGAGGACGCCAUCAACAACCAUAUCCGUCUGCUGCUCCAGGCUUCCUAUUCGUACCUGUCAAUGGCCUUCUACUUUGACCGUGAUGACGUGGCCCUGGGGAAUUUCAAGCGAUUCUUCCUGAGCAAGUCACACAACUGCAAGGCCAGUGCGGAGAUGUUUGUGUUCAUGCAGAAUAAGCGUGGUGGCCAUGUUUUUCUGCCCAGCAUCGCGAAACCAGACCGCGAAAGUUGGCACGGGGGCCUCCGAGCCAUGGAAUGUGCCUUCCGCAUGGAGAUGACCAUCAACCAGAGCCUGCUCAACAUGCACGAGCUGGCCAAGGGAAAGGAUGAUGCUCACCUCUGCGACUUCCUGGGGCAACACUGUCUGGAUCAGCAGGUCCAUGUCCUCAAGAAGAUGGGUGGCUACCUGACCAACCUCCGUCAGAUGGGAGCACCGGAACAAGGCUUGGCCGAGUACCUCUUUGACAAGCUCAGCCUGUCCUGAAGCUGGACUGAACUGGGAUGUCCUCACUGCCAUGGGGUCUUCCUCUGGUCAUUAGACCUGGUAUCAGUUCAUGUUAUUUUUGAAGCAAGUUCACCAGUUUUUCUGAUUCUGUUCACAAUAAAUGUUUGUUUCAAAGGAUAA